AUGCGUUUCUCCACCUUUGCUUUCACCCUCUUUGGCGCUGCUGCUUCUGCAUCCGCUUCCCUCAUCGCCCGCCAGGACGCCAUACCCAAUUGCAUGCUCCCCUGCCUCGCCUCCGCCGACUUUGGCGGCUGUGUGCAAACCGAUAAUGUCUGCCUGUGCAACAACAGGGCCUUCGUCGACAGCACAACCAGCUGUGUCUUGGCAUCUUGCAGCGGCGAGGACCUGCAGAAUGCCCUGGCCUUCUCAGUUGAACUCUGCCUCAGAGUCGGUGUUACCUUGACCUCCGCUGCACCUACUAGCACCGACGCUGAUACCGCCACGGCCACCGCGACCUCCCCAGCCAACCCCACCACCACCGACACUGCUGCUCCAGCCCAGACAUCUACUGAUGGCGCCAUGAGCCACGGUGCCAACACCCUCGCCGGUCUCGCUGCCGUUGGCAUCAUCGCUCUCGCCCUGUAA